CAUCAUUUUUAUUUUAUUGUAUUCUUAUCAUGAACCUUGUCAUCUUGGUCAAUUAAAAAUGUUUGAAGAACCAUAACUAUUCUAAGUGAACAAGUGUGAUUUGGCAAAUCACACAGUGUUUUCUCUGAGUUCAAUUUAAGUCUUGUAGAAUACGAGUCGACCCAAACGCAUCACCGGCUGGCCGUUGCUUUUUGCCGCCCCCUUGCUCGGCCUGAAAGCGAUUCACUCUGAUGACGUCACUUGCAGAGUUGUCAUGGCGUCUUUGGGACCGAAGCUGCUGCUGCAAUUUAGCUAAAAUCUGUCGACAGUCUGUAAAUCGAAAUGGAGAAAAAUGCAACGCUGCAUCGAGACACUGACGGGAGCUCUCUGUGUGCCACGAUCGCGGGAGAGAUGGGCGACGUUACGGCUGUCGGCGGAGUGAAAGGAGCAGCCGAGAAAUGCAAGAAUAGUGAGGCUCCUCUCAGUACUUUGGUUAACGUUAGUUGUAAUAACAGCACCACAAAUGUUGGUGCUCCCACCGCCGUUAAUGUCAUUUCCAGUGCUGGAAAGUCCGACGUGCCAGAAGUGAUCGAAGUCCUCCCGGUGCAGGAGGACAAGAAGAAGGACUCGGCGGCGAGCGGAUCGUGGUCGGGGUCCGGGGAUCAGAUCAGUAACGGGAUGGGGCAUGACUCGGUGCUGGCUGCAGAAGAUAGCGAGGGUGGUGCCUCAAAGUUAGUAAACAACGAAACCGACGGCCCGUCCUCACCUCCCGGUAAGGAGAGCGCGGCGGUGUCGGCUGAGGUUUCGGCUUCUGCAGAAAGUGAGCCGACAAUACUUGCCAAACCCACUCGUCUGUGUCCGGACAAUGCAAUCACAGCGAACGUCAAGUCGGUGCAGUCCGCCGAUCACACCUUGUCGGAGGGAUUGCCGAGUGGGAGUGACCCCGAUCCCAGCCUCGGAGGAGAGUCCCGAAGCAUAGAUUCACUCGAGUCCUUCUCCAACCUCAACUCCUGCCCCAGCUCCGACCUGAACAGCGAGGGGCUGGAGGACACGGGACUGGCCCUGGCCCUGCAGAGCGAGUACGGGGCUGAUGGGACAAAGACUGCGUGCGCUAAGGACCGGGCCGCCGGUCAGUCCAUAUACCACAUCAAGUGGAUCAAGUGGAGGGAGGAGAACACGCCGAUCAUCACCCAGAACGAGAACGGCCCCUGUCCAUUACUGGCAAUUAUGAAUGUGCUCCUGCUUGCAUGGAAGGUUAAGAUGCCGCCCAUGAUGGAAAUCAUAACUGCUGAGCAGCUGAUGGAGUAUCUUGGAGACUACAUUCUGGAAACCAAGCCUAAAGAGAUAUCGGAGGCUCAGCGGCUAAACUACGAGCAGAACAUGAGUGAUGCCAUGGCAGUGUUGCACAAGCUGCAGACGGGCCUGGACGUGAACGUGAAGUUCACAGGGGUGCGAGUCUUCGAGUACACCCCAGAAUGCAUCGUGUUUGAUCUGCUGGACAUCCCUCUCUACCACGGCUGGCUGGUUGACCCCCAGAUGCAUGACAUUGUCAAGGCAGUGGGCAAUUGCAGCUACAACCAGCUGGUGGAGAAGAUAAUAUCCUGCAAACAGUCAGACAACAGUGAGCUGGCAGGGGAAGGCAUCGUAGCAGAGCAGUUCCUGAACAGCACAGCCACACAGCUGACGUACCACGGCUUAUGUGAGCUCACGUCCACUGUACAGGAGGGAGAGCUCUGCGUCUUUUUCAGGAAUAACCACUUCAGCACCAUGAUCAAGUACAAGGGCCAGCUGUACCUCCUGGUUACAGACCAAGGUUUCCUCACAGAGGAGAAGGUCGUCUGGGAGAGUCUGCACAACGUCGACGGAGAUGGAAACUUCUGCGAUUCCGAGUUCCGGUUGCGGCCUCCGUCCGAUCCAGAGACCGUGUACCGAGGCCAGCAGGAUCAGAUAGACCAGGACUAUCUCAUGGCGCUGUCGCUGCAGCAGGAGCAGCAAAGCCAGGACCUGCAGUGGGAACAGCUCCCCGAGGGCAUCAGCGACCUAGAGCUGGCCAAAAAGCUCCAGGAAGAGGAGGACCGACGAGCCUCGCAGUACUACCAGGAGCAAGAGCAGGAGCAGGCGGCGGCAGUAGCGGCUGCAGCAGCAGCAGCAGCACAGGCACAGCAGCGGCAGCAGGAGCUUGCCGACGGAGACGAGGCGGACAGAGGAGGUGCAGGAGCAGGAGGAGCAGCGGCCGGCGCUGGGAUGGCGGCAGCAGCCGGAGCCACACCCAGCCCGGGAAAACAGUCCUCCAGCGGGGAGCGCAAAGCCAAGAAAGAGUCGAAGGAUAAAGACAAAUGUGUUAUUUUGUAACAUAGAGCGUGUCUGUGUGAGUGUGCGUGUGGGUGUUUUGUGCAUUUGCUUAUCUGUGAGAAAGGGGACAGCAUCGGUUUCUCCUCGGACUGGACACACAAACGCGCUGCCCCCAGCCUGACGACAAAAAACAAGGGAAGGAGACCUUCGAGGAGAGGCGCGACGAGACUGACGCAGGAUCUGCUGUUCCCAAACCACUGGUGCCUGCUAUCCUCUCUCCUCAGUGGAACCUGGACAUCAGAGGCAGGGACACUACAACAACAACUACCCCGUAUCUUUCAUAGAGUCGGCCAAACUUUGUUACAAGUUGCACAGUGCACUAUAUUUGUGAUGUGGGGUCAAGUUUAUUCGGGGUGGUAUGUUUUAUAUCAAAAGACAUAAUCUGAAGAAGCAAAAUGUCACCCUCUCACUGCUUUCUUUUCCAAAACCAUUAAUUUCAUCCACUUUUUGUUACUGCAGCUUAUAAGCUUUUUUUUUUUGUAUGUAUCAAUAUUUACAGGACGUAUAUAUAAACAGACCCAGCUGUUGUUUUUAGUUUUUUUUUUUUUUUUUUAAGAUAGAUGCCAAGAUUCACAUUUUAUUUAUGUACGUGUGAGAGAGGUUUUGUUUCUUUGUGUAAGCUGAGAGGGACAUUCUCAUGUUAUUGCCUGUUGGAAAUCAAUGUAACACUAUUUGUGUCCCCUCCGAGACACCGUGAACCUAAAGGUUAAUUAAUGCCAGAUAGCUUCCAGAUACUGUAGCUACCUAACAACACUCAUCACAGCUUGCCCUGUUCAGAUUUGCCUUACCAGAGUAUGGCAGUGUUGUGUUCUGCUCUGUCUGAAUGUGAAUGUGAACGUGUGCGCGUGUGUUUUUAUGUGUAUGGUGUGUACAGUACACGUGUGCUAUGUGGUAUAAUGGUGUGUGGUAUACACGUCUCAUUUACUGAGCAUUGCUGGUGUGACAAGUUUCGAUUUGGAAACGACCCAAACUGUUUUUUUAGUUGAGCAACACAUUCUGGAUUUUAACGUCUUUUUAUGUUUUGAUUCAGACAAAAACACGUUUGGAACGGGCAAAUAGGGAUUCAUAUCGCAGAUUUAAUCGACAAGAAGAGUUUUGUCUGAAUCUGAGGAUUUCCUGGGUGAGACGCGAUUUAGCUUCUGGCAGAUUAGAUAGCAGCCAGUUAAGAGUGUAUGAUAGUUCUGAAAGGCCCUUUUUUUUCUUUCUGAUAGUCUCUGCUCCUGAAGAGGCGCAGUGUGCAUGCAGGCACCAACACGAUCUCCUCGGUUAGGUUCUGGAUAUAGGAGUUCCACUGCGGCCAGGUUUUGAAAGGAAAUGCCACAGAAUUCAGUCAUUUGCAUGUAAGAUUCCUCUAUACUAGGAAAGUUCAAUUAUCUUUAGUGAACGUUUCCUUUUUUAUACAGUCCAAAUCUGUGAGGUCAAGAUCUACACAACAGGAGCUUCGAGUUUCCUGUCUUCUUUUCAUGCUGGGGAAAGUUACAUUCACCCUCGAGGUGGAGAUUCUUCUGUUAGAAGUUCACAAAUGGAGCUCUCCUGGGGUGGAACAGGAUUUACAUUCUGAACGCUGCGAUUCUGUGGUCUCACUUUUUAACUUGUGUGCAUUUCACUGCAGCAAACACAUGAUGUACAUAUUUACCUGAUGCAUUCUUAUAAUGGAUUUAGCUAGCGGUUUGUGCCAUUAUUGUACCAUGGGACUGCCUCUGCAGAAACUUUUCUAUCUAUACAUUCCAAUUGGAUGCCUUGACUCAAGCCUUCUGUUACAGACUGAGGGAGACUGUUGUCAGAGGAGGUCUUUUCGCAGUGCUUGCGAGUUUUGUUCAGUGAGGACAAAUGGAAAGUCAGGACAGGACGAUGACAUAGAGGCAGCGGGCUACCUACUGUGUGGGAACCCUUUCUUGCAGGCUCUUUGUGCGAUGGCUGGAGUUUUGAGCUCCGCGUGUGCUCAACAAGGCUAUGUUUUGUGUAUAUAUAUAUAUAUAUAUAUAUAUGACGCCUUACGACAUUUCAGACCUUAUUUAUAGGACAAAAAGGAAACGUAUUAGCAGAAUGAGACAAUCCAUGCAUUUCUUUUCACAUCAGAAAUACACUUUCUGAAGGGACAUAUCCUCGAGUGUCUUUUAUGUGUCGGCGCAGUUCCUGGGCCUGUAGUCGCUUUUCUCAGUCACAACUUUUAAGCAUCUGUUAUGUGUACACGCAACAGCUAUUUCGACACUUCGAAGGACUCAACACUAUUUAAUUUAAGACCCUCAUUGUUGAACUUCACACUAAAAAGAACAAUGAAUCAAGCUGCUCUUCUUGUGUUAACUACCUGAUGGGAAAUUUAAAAAAAAAAAGAAACUUCCUCGCACACAAGGAACAUUGUUAAUUAUGUACACUUCUCAUUCACUCAGCAUAUUGUUAUGUUUUUUUGUCAUGCAGCUUGAAUAAAUAACGUGUAAUCAUAAGAUGAAGGCAAGAGGUCGGGUGUGGAUGGGGGAGGGGGGUCUGGCAACAUUGAGCUAUUAUUUUUGUCUCCGUUUUUGGGUUUGUUUGUUUGUUUUUUUUGCGAGUAUCACCUCAUUUAUGUCUCAGCCGUCAAAGUGAACAUGCUGAUUAGACAUUCCAGUGGAAGUUUAAGAAAUGAAACUUUACUUAGGGCAGUUUGAGAUGACCUGGAAAAAAUAUUUUGUUUCGUAUGAGUGAAAAAGAGUGGCACAUUAUUAUUAUUAUUAUUAUUAUUAUUAUUAUUAUUAUUAUUUCAGAUUAACUACUGUGCAUUAGCUUGCCAUCCCUCAUCGUUAUUACUCCCAGAACUUUAUAUUUCCGUAAUGUGUUCGUUAUGCCCCUUGUUUCCUAAAGAUGAACUGAUCAGAAGAAUAUUGUGUGUUCAGUGUCUCAAAGUGUUUUUUGUUUUGUUUUGUUUUGUUUUGUUUUGUUUUUCUUGUAUGCCUUGUAAAAGUGACGGUGGGGUAAAUGCUGUUAAAAAAAAAAGGAAAAAAAUGUGUUUUGACAAGGUGGUCGUUGAACAAAUAGUCGUCGUAAUUGGUUUUGCACUGUUACAUUGAUAUGCACUAACAGAAGAGAAACAUACCUCAUUUUAUACAAAACAUAAAAAAGUUGUGCAAGAGUGCUAUUGUUCUUUGGGUACCUUUUAAAAGAAAAAAAAAAACUGGCCAAAAGAAUUAUCUCAAGGGGGUAGCGGUAGCUUAAGCCAGCUAAUAUGAAUUUGUAAAAGUGUGAAAGGGCUGUCGUAAUGUUCUGGCUUAAAUUUGUUUGAAGAAAAAAAAAAAUAACAGUACCACGUCAAUGGAACUUGCUGCAAUUUGAUAUAUUCAGGUUAGUGGUACAUCUAUACCAGACAAAAGGCUACCCAUACAAAGGCCUGAGUACCAGCACACAGCUCACAGAUGGUGACAAAGAUAUGAACUACAACAACGGAACAAUGGGCGUCACUUGAAGCAGUUUUUCUACAAAGUACGGCAGAAAAAUAUGUAGACAACACUGGUACUUGACCCAGUCAGCAAAAAAAAAAACAAAAACAAAUAAAUGGUGUAGGUGCACCCCUAAUUCAGGUUGUUCUUUUUCCAGUCCAUCAUUCAACUACACAACUUUUCAAACAAGACUUUUACGAACACAAAAACAAGGGAACGGCUGCUUAAUAAGGCUUGAGCGUUGUCAUCUAUGUAGCAGAGGGAAAGCAUUUAUUCUUUUUCUGUGAGACACAUCCAGACUGCUGAAGGGAGGUAUUUUUCUUUUAACGCAAUAUCGAACUCCCAGAUUUUACUUUGUGGUGCAUGUAUGGUGUGGACUGAAAAAUUUAGGCUGAGUGACAAAAAAAACAAACAAAAUACUUUGAAUUAUUAACUCCCCGAGAGCAUCAUCUCCACUGUACGGUUCAUUACAUUUAUAAUUCACAUAAAAGAUACGAGCAAGAAGGAAGGAAGGUGUUUGUGAAUACCGGAGGUAACUCAUUUGUGUUGAUUUCAAUGUUCAUCUAUUUACAUAAAUGACCAAAUAAUGUAUGUAGCCUUUCACAUUACAGUCACAUAUUGUAUGUGGUGAGAUAUAUAUAUAUAUAUAACAAAAUGCCUUAUAGACGAGGGACAUUCAACCUGAUUAGAAGUACCAGGAUAAUAAAAGAUUAAGAUCAA